CAAAACAAUCCGUGUAACUGACUCGUCUCCGAAUGUCGAAUACUGAGUAAACAUUUAUUUUAUUAAUUUUUACAACUUUCAAGAGCAGUCCGAAGCACCAGUACAUAUAUUUGCUAAAAUUUAUAUUAUUUUACAAAUUGUCUAAGAAAAAUUGGAUUCAUAUCGUUAACGAGCAGAGGUAUCGCCAGUCACAAAUUUGAAAGAGAUUUGAACAUGUUUAGUCCCGACUAUGAAAAACGGAUUUUGAAGCAUUGCAGUCCAGUUGCAAAAAAUCUCUUCAAGUCACCCGGGUCAGCACUCGAUCGUUUUAUCCCAAGCAGAACUAACAAUAACUGGCACACUACGUUUGCCAGCCCUACAAAGGUAAAUGAGAGUCCAUCGCAAUCGAACAAGAAGCAACGUGAUUGUAGCGAGUCAGCACGAGACAGUCUAGCCUAUUCUUGCCUACUGAAGAAUGAACUAUUAGGUGCUGCAAUUGAAGAUGUGAAAUCCAUAUCUGAUGACAAACCUGGCAACCUCUCAAACAUCAAUAAGGGUCUCUUCAACUAUCAGUCACCCACGAAGAACGAGACAAAUGAACAAUGUCCCUAUUCGCUAUCGCCCGUCAGCAUAAAGAGUCAAAAGCUAUUACGUUCUCCACGCAAGGCAACAAGAAAGAUCUCGAGGAUACCAUUCAAAGUCCUAGAUGCCCCAGAAUUGCAAGAUGACUUUUAUCUUAACUUAGUUGAUUGGUCAGCACAAAAUGUUCUUGCAGUAGGAUUAGGUAGUUGCGUUUAUUUAUGGAGUGCCUGUACUAGUCAGGUCACGCGUUUAUGCGAUUUAAGUGCAGACGACAGUAACACUGUCACAUCUGUAAGCUGGAGUGAACGAGGACAUCAACUUGCUGUGGGCACCCACAAGGGCUAUGUCACCGUUUGGGAUGUAUCUGCGAGCAAACAGCUUAACAAGCUAACGGGACACUCUGCUCGUGUUGGCGCAUUGGCAUGGAAUGGUGACAUACUAUCGAGCGGGUCUCGAGAUAGACUGAUAAUGCAAAGAGAUACCCGAACUCCCCCACAAAUGUCAGAAAGACGUUUGGUGGGACACAGACAAGAAGUUUGUGGAUUAAAAUGGUCUCCCGACAACCAAUAUUUGGCAAGCGGGGGCAACGACAACCGCCUUUACGUAUGGAAUCAACACUCUCUUAGCCCUGUUCAAUCGUAUUCAGAGCAUCAAGCUGCAGUCAAAGCAAUCGCUUGGUCACCACAUCAUCAUGGACUUCUGGCAAGUGGAGGUGGAACAGCUGAUCGUUGCAUUCGUUUUUGGAACACUCUCACUGGCCAACCAAUGCAAAGUGUUGACACCGGUUCACAAGUUUGUAAUUUAGCGUGGUCAAAACAUUCAUCGGAGCUCGUUUCAACGCAUGGCUACUCUCAGAAUCAGAUACUCGUAUGGAAGUAUCCCUCAUUGACACAAGUAGCAAAAUUAACAGGACAUUCAUACCGAGUACUAUACUUAGCACUAUCACCUGAUGGAGAAGCCAUUGUAACUGGAGCUGGAGACGAAACUUUGCGCUUUUGGAAUGUGUUUAGCAAAGCACGCAGCCAAAAGGAAAACAAAAGUGUGCUAAAUUUAUUCACUAACAUACGAUAAGUUAGAAAUCGACUGUAUAUCAAGAUAUAUUUGUGUAAUUUUUUUUCUUUCAAUAAUUUUGGAGUUAACUAAGAGAUAUAGAAAAUUUAUAACAAUUGAAAAUUAUAAAUAGAACUAUAAUUACGAGUAUAAGGAUGAAGUUUAGGUUUAUUUAAAUUCAAAGUAUCUAUAAAACGGUCUCAAAUACAAUUAAAAAAUAAAUAAAAUGAAUUGUUCAAGAUGCUGAGUACUCUCAAAUCCUAAUUUUUUCUUUGUAUAAAAAGUAAAUCGAUCAGCGUAAAUUUUAAGCAAAUAAGCGGCUCGGUAUGUAGUGACGAGAGACGUAAAAUUAUUAUAGAAUCAACCAUCAUUUGUAAAGCGAAUAUCUUAAAGUAGUGUAACUUAAUCAGUUUAGAUUGAUGAAAGGAAAUUAGAUUUAGUAUCAUAAACGUACUAUAUU